AUGGAUGUACGUCAUCAUAUUUAUUUUCACGUCAUGCCCGGUAACGCACAGGAGUCUGUGUAGGCAAGAAGAAGUGCUAACAUUGAUCUUUCGUAACAUCAUAAGGAAAAGAGGAACGCCGUUUAUUGGGGUCCUCGUAACAUCCUCCGUUACCUCUCUGCUGGACUGUGAGAUUUGCUUCGCGCGAAAAAUUGAAAAUGCGUGAAUGCAUCUCUAUCCAUCUGGGCCAGGCCGGCGUGCAGAUUGGAAAUUCUUGCUGGGAAUUAUAUUGUUUGGAACAUUUAAUACAGCCUGACGGUUUACUGAUCCCAGAGGAGGCAGAAGGAGGACCCAUCGACGAUUCAUUCAACACAUUCUUCAGUGAAAUCGGCGAUGGCAAGUACACACCUCGUUCAGUAUUUGUCGAUUUAGAGCCCAAUGUUAUUGAUCAAGUGCGAUCCGGAGAAUACCGUAAGUUGUUUCAUCCUGAAUGUUUAAUAAGCGGCAAGGAAGAUGCCGCGAACAACUACGCGCGAGGACACUAUACAGUCGGUAAGGAAAUUCUAGAUACAGUAAUUGAUCAAAUUCGAAAACUAACAGAUAACUGUGAAGGUCUUCAAGGUUUCUUUGUGUUCCAUAGCUUUGGGGGCGGCACGGGCUCGGGUUUUACCUCCCUUUUGAUGGAAAGAUUGUCUGCAGACUACGGUAAAAAAUCGAAACUAGAGUUUGCUGUUUACCCUGCUCCUCAAAUUUCUAACGCUGUUGUAGAACCAUACAACUCCAUCUUAACCACACACACAACCCUAGAGCAUUCUGACUGCGCUUUUAUGGUAGACAAUGAGGCAAUAUACGAUAUUUGCCGCAGAAACCUGGGCAUAGAACGCCCAAGCUACACGAACCUCAACCGCCUGAUCAGCCAGGUGGUUUCAUCGGUCACCACAUCAUUGCGUUUCGAGGGAGCAAUGAAUGUCGAUCUCAAUGAAUUCCAGACCAAUUUGGUGCCAUAUCCCAGAAUCCACUUCCCAUUAGCCACGUACGCACCAGUCAUCUCUGCCGACAAGGCCUGCCAUGAGAGAACUACAGUUGCAGACAUGGCCAACGCCUGUUUCCAGCCAGCCAAUCAGAUGGUGAAAUGUGACCCACGCUGCGGCAGGUAUAUGGCCUGCUGUAUGCUGUUUAGAGGCGACGUCGUUCCCAAGGAUGUCAACUCAGCCAUCGCUUCAAUCAAGGCCAAACGGAACAUUCAGUUUGUUGACUGGUGUCCUACAGGUUUCAAGGUUGGAAUCAACUAUCAACCACCGACCACCGUACCAGGAGGGGAUCUGGCGAAGGUCAACCGGGCAGUCUGCAUGUUGAGUAACACGACAGCAAUUGGCGAGGCCUGGUCUAGGCUGGACCACAAGUUUGAUCUGAUGUACGCCAAACGCGCCUUCGUACACUGGUAUGUCGGUGAAGGCAUGGAAGAAGGCGAGUUCUCAGAAGCUCGUGAGGAUCUUGCGGCCCUAGAGAAAGAUUACGAGGAAGUUGGUCUGAAUUCCACAGAGAGCGGAGAUGAAGAAGACCUAGAAGAAUACUAAACGAAAGUCCAAGAGAGCGUCCCAACGGGAAUCAACACGGGAUCACCUAACGUCACUCAGCAACUUUGAAGUACCGGUACUUAGAGAAGAAAAUCGUAUCUAAACAGCACGGCAAUCAUCAUCAGUCAGGGCUCGUUCAAGUCUGCAACGUUGUGUGUAUUUGUCUGACACUUCAGUGGGGCAUCACUCCAUCUACCCAAUAGAAAAUCACAUCAAGAAAUCUGCAAGAAAAAAAAAACUAAAGCAAACAUCGAAAGAUUUUUCCACAUUAAAAAUAGAUUGAAGCUGACACUGUGAUGAAUAUCUUAUUGUUUUUAUAAACUUGUAAAGAUUUUUUUAUUUUAAAUCCGACAUCACAUCUUAGAAGAAAAAAUAGAAAAAAUUACCUGUCUAGCAUUAAAUCUAGAAUAUCAAUUUUACAACUUUUUGUUUUACGUGUAAAAAUAACAAAUAACACCUUUUUAGAAAUACGGAACUUCAGUUUACACUUGUAUAGCCAUAUUGUUCGUUAGUUGUUUUUUUUUCCCUAAUUUUGUCAAGAGAAAAAAUAGAAUCUUCUGGAAAUGUCUUCCUUCAAUGUUUUUAAUAAAAAAAUAGUAGCUUAGAUUCAAAUCUCUACACAGUCAAGGUGUUUGCCAUUAAAAAAUGAUUCAAUUUUUGAAUACACUAACUUGUA